AUGUCUCCACUCACCUAUUUCUGCCUUUUUGCCACAAUCUCAGCCACUUUGGCUGCUGCUCCACCUGCAUCCAAUGUUUUGCCAGAGCAAUUCUACGGAACUUUUGACUUGGAUCACUCGGAGAACUUCGAUGAAUACUUGACGGCUAAGGGAUACAGUUGGUUCACCAGAAAGAUUGUCAACUUUGCCACUUUCAAGAAGGUUUUCGCUAAAACUUCCGACAAAACCAAAUUCGAUUUCUCCAACUUGACUUCAAAGAAAGAUGUUCACUACAAAAAUGUUGAACUUGGAAAACCUUUUGAAGGAGAAGGAUUGGACAGCACCAAACAACAAGUAAGUUUUGGCCCAAAAUAUGAGAAAUAAAUGAAAUCUGAAUUUUUCAGAUCACAUUCACCUUGAAAGACGGACAUCUUUUCGAACAUCAAAAACCAUUGGAAGGAGGAGAUGCCAAGGAAGAAACCUAUGAAUAUCUUUUCCAAGGAGACUUUUUGCUUGUUGUGAGUUAUAAUAACAUAGAAAAUCGGAAUAUUAAAUAAUAUUCAAUUUUUUCAGCGUAUGACAUUUGAUGGAGUUGAAGGACGUCGCUUCUACAAGAGAAUCUAA